CGCACGACAAGCAGACGAGAUGUUAACCAGUGAAAAGCCUCCUGCUCCGUUUUUGUCCGAUGUGGGGUUGAUCGUCGAAGACAGAGAUAUUGUUCAAACAGAAGUACGUUUACCUGUAGUGUUUUAUUAUUGUUUUCUGCAAAGCGACUGAAGCUUUCUGCGGAUUUCAUUUUUUUAUUUUAUGGUGUGUGUGCGAUGCGAACUCCUUGUCAGUCUAGUGGGCUCCACUCAAACGCACUCAGACGCAUUCUCACAAAGGGAAGCUGGAGCCGUCCCCGGUCCCCGUCUCUCGGGAGAGAGCCAGCUUGCGCAGUGUGCCAGAAUGGAUAGACGUGAGGUGGCGAGAACGUCUUGUCUGGGAAUUUUCAACUUAACAUGGUGGUGUAUUGCUUUAUGUAACUUGGAUGUGGAAUAGUCUGGAUUCUUUUGCAUCCCGCGUUGACAGCAUCAAAUCGUGGAGAAGACCCGUAUUGUUUUGACGCACUGACUGUAUGUAUAGUUGCACGUACUUUUGUCAAAUCAACUGAGCGCCAAAAAGAGAUAUGUUCCAUGGGCUUGUCCGUUUGACAUUCGGAUAUCACGGAUCUCACCGGUGUUCUGGCGGCAGCCGUUAGCAGGUGCGCGUCAAGAUCAGCGGCUGCGCGAGCUGCCGAGGUCCUGCAACAGAACCGAGCCGAACUGAUCUGAGCAGUGUGAGUGUGUCAUGCGGAGUCGUCUGUCGGCCGCGAGAAGCCUCUAAACCCCGUGGACAGGAGCUGAAAUAUCAGCGGACAUGGGUUCGGCCAUGCGGCGGCGCUGGUUCAUGGUGCCCCUGCUGCUGGUGCAGGCGUGGCUGUCGGCGUUGCCGUGCCUCGCGGAGCGCCCGUGUCCCAAGAGCUGCCGCUGCGACGGCAAGAUCGUCUACUGCGAGUCCAGCGCCUUCCGCGAUGUGCCCAAGAACCUGUCAGGCGGCUGCCAGGGCCUGUCGCUGCGCUACAACAGCUUAGCCGGUCUGCGCGCCGGUCAGUUCGUGGGUCUCAACCAGCUCAUCUGGCUCUACCUGGACCACAACUACAUCGCCAGCGUGGACGCGCGCGCCUUCCAGGGCAUCCGGAGGCUGAAGGAGCUCAUCCUGAGCUCCAACAAGAUCACCAUGCUGCACAACACCACCUUCCACCCGGUCCCCAACCUGCGCAACCUGGACCUGUCCUACAACAAGCUCCAGGCUCUGCAGCCCGGUCAGUUCCAGGGCCUGCGGAAGCUGCUGAGCCUCCACAUGCGCUCCAACUCGCUGAAGAACAUCCCCGUGCGUCUGUUCCAGGACUGCCGCAACCUGGAGUUCCUGGACCUGGGCUACAACCGCCUGCGCAGCAUCACGCGGAACGCCUUCUCGGGUCUGGUCAAGCUGACUGAGCUGCACCUGGAGCACAACCAGUUCUCCAAGAUCAACUUCUCGCUGUUCCCACGCCUCUACAACCUGCGCGCGCUUUACCUGCAGUGGAACCGCAUCCGCUCCAUGAACCAGGCGCUGACGUGGACCUGGACGUCUCUGCUGAAGAUGGACCUGUCCGGCAACGAGCUCCAGGAGAUCGACCCCGAGGUGUACCAGUGGAUGCCCUCUCUGCACACCCUCAACCUGGACUCCAACAAGCUGGUGAACGUGUCGGCCGAGGCCGUGGCCAACUGGGUGUCGGUCACCACCAUCAGCCUGGCGGGCAACAUGUGGGACUGCGGCGCCGCCGUCUGCCCCCUGGUGGCCUUUCUGAGGAACAUCAAGGGCGGCACCAAGGAGAUCACCAUGAUCUGCGCCUCGCCCAAGGAGCAGCAGGGCGAGAAGGUCAUGGAGGCCGUGGAGACCAACGGCGUCUGCAAGCUCACUCCGACCGCCAACGCACCCACCGACGCCCGAACCCCCGCCGAGACCGAGCCCCGACCCCACACGCCCCUCACCUCUGGCCACGGGAGGAAAGCGGUCGAAGCAGGCACCCCCUGGGUGUUGGCCACCCCAUUCCCCCCGACCCAGUCGGCGGAGCCGCCUCCUCCCGACCAGGACCGGGAGCCCGUGUCCUUCCACAAGAUCGUGGCGGGCAGCGUGGCGCUCUUCCUGUCGGUGGCCAUGAUCCUGCUGGUCAUCUACGUGUCGUGGAAGCGCUACCCGAGCAGCGUCAAGCAGCUGCAGGAGAACUCGGCGUCGGCGCGGAAACGCCGGAAAAAGGCCCGCGAGACGGAGAGCACACUCAGCUCUCCACUGCAGGAGUACUAUGUGGACUACAAGCCCGCCGGACCCGAGGCCAGCGACGUGCUGGUCAACGGAACCGGACCCUGCGCCUACUCCGUCUCUGGCUCGCGUGAGUGUGAGGUCCCUCAUCAGAUGAGCACGCUGGCGUUCUAUCGGUACGAGCAGCCCAUUGUGGACUACUGUCAGGCCCACCAGCCCAUGCGUCUGCACGUGGGCUACGAGGGCCCCCCCCAGUGCGUCCCCCAGGGCAUGGAGCCCCUGGAGCAGCUGGGCGUGCCACCCUCCCACCCCACUGGCACGGCCACGCGCGACCGCAGUGCCAUCCAGACGGUGGCGCUGCCCGCCAUCCCGCCUGUGGGCACCCGGUCGCCCCCGCCCCCUCUCCGCUCCAACCCGGGCGCGGAGACCCCCAGCGUCCGCUACCCCACCACCGAGCGCCAGACGUCCACCCUCACCUUCGGACGCUAGUGCGCCCUCGGGGGAGCCGGGACGCGAGGCCGACGAGCGGUGUGGAGCGGACGAGAGUGAGGUCCAGGGCCUUGCAGCUGGGGGCUACUACUUUCAGUAUGAUGAAAGACCACAGACGCGAUCGUGUCGCCUGAUGGGAUUAUCACAGACGGGGUUGAAUUGCAGAUUACGUGAUUCAUCAUCACAGCGAGUUCAUCACAGACCGGAUUAUCUCAAGCAGGAUUAUCUUGGAUGUGAUCGUCACAGACAAAAAAUAAAUAAAUUCCACCGGUGGGACGGAAUUAUCACAGACAGGACUCUGUCUCAGUCACUCGUCUCUUUGGCUGAGGAUUCCUCUUUUAUUAAGGGAGACCGCAGCCUCCAGCGAAAGAUUUCUUCAAACACACACACACACACACACACACACACACUCUCACACACACAAAGGCCCCUGCAGGGCCGACUGACAGGAAAUGGCUUCAUCUGAGGGGAGUUUGGCCUGCACCUCUCACAGGCCACUGGUGGCUCUCCAUCCUUCUGAUUUCAUUUGUCUUUCAUUCUUAACAAAAAAGGACACUCUCCCUCCCUCCCUCUCUCUCUCUCCCCAUGGAACCACAGGCAGGGGGACGUGACACAGCGAAAUGCGAUAUGAUGGCGCUUCAGAUGUUGCUGUGUUUAACAUGGUUGCCACGCCGACCCGGCAUCACAAUCGGCACCCCGGAAUGGCAACCACUCUGAGGGCUGGAUAAUGGAAUCUUACCCCCCUGCCGUGCGGAGAAUGAAACGAUGAGGCGAAAUGCGCAAUAAACAAGGCUUCUGGUGAAAGGUCGGAACGAAACACUCAUAAGAGACUGACAGAGAGCAAAGAGAGAGAGAGAGAGAGAGAGAGAGAGAAGGAGAGAGAGAGAAGGCAUUAGAGUGUUUAGCUGAGCUCAAAGGCCUCUCGCUGCUGCACUCAUUCCAAAUGCAAGUCAGCACUCAUAAACACUGUCAUUAUUUGAUUAAAAAGAGUGAUGUGAUCAGAGAUGAUUGGUUGUAAGACAGACUGAGGGUAAAAAAUAACAAGUCUUUUUUUUAAUUUUUUUUUUAUUUUAAUCAUCAACUGUUUAAACUGAUGUCUCACUGCUCAGCCGAUGUACACGUGUACCAAAGAUCAAGCUGUUGUUUUAAAUGUACAUAAUGAUCUCUCGUCCUCUCUCUCUUUUUGAGUCCACUCUGCAUGGACAUUAUUUGUACACAGACUCACUUCUCUUUGUGAGCACCCCAAAAUGCUCUGCGGACGCUCAACAGUCCAAUGAGAACCUCCGAUGUCCAGCAGAAGGGGAAUACAUGAGACCUUCACCAUCAACUCCUCUUGGACUCCUGUGCUUGCAUUGCGCUGGGCUCACCUUAUCUCUCCCUGCGUCUACAUAAUCAGAUAUUUGGUCAACAACGUCAUGAUUUUUGGAGAGAACCAUCUAUUUUCCCCUUGAGCUGUGUGUGUGUAUGUGUGUGUGUGUGUGUGUGUGUGUGUGAGGGUUUAAGAAUAUGGCCCUUCUCUCAUUCCCUACAGCCUACAUCGAGGGUCCUGCUGAACACGACUCCAAGGGAUUGGCCCCCAUUUUUAUCUUAUCUCGCUCCAAAACCCGAUUCUCUCUCUCUCUCCCUCUCUCUGUCUCUCUCCACAACUCCUGAAGUAGACCGCAGCGGUCAGUCCGGUCCAUCUAAAAGAGAGGGACCACCAGACCAGUGAAAGGGGGGGUUAUUGCCUGGAUACCCAGAUCCUUGUCACCCGCUGUGCCUGCGUGUUUGGACCUAACACCAUGAAUGUGGACGUGGCACAAGGCCUGAAUGCUCUCCGUUUCUCGGCCAUCCGACGUCCUCAGAGGCCGGCCCAGUAACAUUCCCUUUUUUUCGUGAUUUCGUCCCCCCUUGUGGAUUCGCAUUACUUCUGGACAGCACACACACGGAGCCUACCCAGCAUCCUUUGCUGCUUCAGUGACUGGUCUGCCAGACACGCUGCAAAGCCUGACUGCGGGUUAGGCUACGGUGUGCUAAGGCAGAUGACUGACAGUCCAGCGGGCUCAGAUCUUCUCGCUCUCCGGAGAUGUUUGGAGGAAGGGGAGAAGGAGGAAGAAGCUGACAUUGUGUUUGCUGACUAACGCUGAGAUGACUCGAGCGAACGCGAGUUUGAUGUAUAUAGAGAGUAACGAGAGAGAGACUCUGAUCUCUCGGCUUCCUGUGAAACUUGCUGGUGUUUGUGAGCAACAGGAAGCCUGACUCUUAGGGAUGACCCCACCACCCCAACAGAGCUCAAUAUUUUUCUAUCUGCCCUCUGCCACCCCCCACCCCCCCACCUUCAGCUCACACAUCACAUUAGUUAAUACCCCACACCCCCACCCCCUACCACACAUCACAUUAGUCAAUACCCCCACAUCCCCGCAUCUCACACAUCACAUUAGUUGAUACCCCCACAUCCUCACAGCUCACACAUCACAUUAGCUAAUACCCCCACAUCCCUGCCCCCCACCACUAGCCACUUAAGCCCACAACUGGCCUGAGGAAACAACUGGCCUGAGGAAAUCUCUCCUCCAAUCAGGGUAAAGUUUUCACCCUUUCUCCCCUCCCUCCUGUCUGACGUGCCCUUAUUUGGUGUUUUCCAAGUUGCUUGUCGUUUCAGUGAGCGUCCAGUGAGGCCUGCUGUACUGAUGCGUUGCGUCCAGUGAGGCCUGCUGUACUGGUGCGUUGGCUCUCUGUAGUGCACCUCACUAUGUUGUGAGGUUCAGCUAUUUGUUUGAUAUCUAUGACCAGCCCGGCCUCUCCUACUGAAAUAAAACUCUGUUCUGUUCCAUCAAAUGAGGUGAAACAGAUUACUCCACUGUUACAGAUUACUCCACUGUUACAGAUUACGCCAGAUUACUCCACUGUUACAGAUUACUCCACUGUUACAGAUCACUCCAGAUUACUCCACUGUUACAGAUUAGAAGAGUAUCUGGUAUUACAGAUUACUUACCAUAGUCCCAAAUGAAGCCCACUCACAUGUUACAGAUUACAUAUAUACAUAAAACACUAUUUCAGAUUACUUAAUAUUGUUCCAGAGAAUCUUAUUCACUGUUACAGUUACAGAUUACUUACCACAGUCCCAACAAAACCUCAUCGACUGCAGCAGAUUACUGUAGUCCCGUCAGAAUCUUAUUUACUGUCAUGGGCUACUUACUGUACUUGUAAGUCCAUAGUCCAAGCAGAUAUCAUCGAACACUGCAGAUUAUUUACCAUAGUCCAAGCAGACAUCACCAAAUGCUGCCGAUUACUUACCAUAGUCCAACCAAACAUCAUCAAACGCUGCAGAUUACUUAUCAUAGUGCAAGCAGACAUCAUCAAACGCUGCAGAUUACUUACCAUAGUGCUACUUACUGUACUUGUAAGUCCAUAGUCCAAGCAGAUAUCAUCAAACGCUGCAGAUUACUUACCAUAGUGCAAGCAGACAUCAUCAAACGCUGCAGAUUACUUACCAUAGUCCAACCAAACAUCAUCAAACGCUGCAGAUUACUUAUCAUAGUGCAAGCAGACAUCAUCAAACGCUGCAGAUUACUUACCAUAGUCCAACCAGACAUCAUCAAACGCUGCAGAUUACUUCUUGUUAUGCCAUCAGAAGUGUUUCCGGUGCUGCGUGCUGUGUUCACAACAGAGGUCUGUUCAUUGUGGAGGACUAUCAACUGAGGCCCCAACAGAAUCCAGUUUACUGUUUCAUGGGCAGCUCUUCGCUAAGAGGAACAAAUAAGUCAAAUAAAUAUGAAUAAUAAUAAUGAUAAUAAAAACAUAUGAUCAAAUAUUAUCAUCAUCAGAUACACAUGAGUCAGAUGUUGCCAGGACAACAUCAAAGAGUAAACGUGUGUAUUCUCUGCCACUCAGAACAGGCUACGGAAUUAGUGAGAGAGAGUGUGGGUCAGCGCCUACUUAAUCACUCUUGAUUACCAUAGUGGCUAUGUGUGUGUGUGUGUGUGUGUGUCUCAGAUGUUGCCUAUGGUUACAUGUCAGUUCUGUCACAUUCUCAGCAUUCCCUGUGAAUGACUUUGUUAAAUGUUGAAUUCCUCUACUUGAGAGCACAGAUUUAAUGAUCCAUUACAUAAUGUGAGCAUACGAGGAUCAGAACAUCGGAGCGGAGCCCAGAGCCUUGCUAUACUACACUGCACUGCACUGCACAGCAGGCACACUAAUAAUUAUUCCUGCAGUUAAAUCUCAUUAUGGAGGGAAGUCCCACAGCAGUACAGUGAGCUUUUCAGAUCACCACACACACACACACACACACACACACACACACACACACAGCAGUACAGUAAGGUGUUCAGUCAAUACACACACACACACACACACACACAGCAGUACAGUAAGGUGUUCAGUCAAUACACACACACACACACACACACACACACACAGCAGUACAGUAAGGUGUCCAAUCCUAAAGGGAGGUUGAGUGGUCAGAUAUGCAUGCAUGUUUGUGAGUGUGCUUGCAGUGUCCCUAUGCCAUCAGUUUAAACUUAUUUCUGAAAAUGUAGCUUGGUUGUUACUACAUGCACACACACACACACACACACACACACUGCUCUAGGCCCCAUACACUGCUGUUGUAGAUAGUCUGUCUGUGUGGCACUGUUCCCAUCACCAUCCUGUCUCCUCUCAUUUCCAACUGCAGUCCACAGCCUGAGAUUGUCCCCCUCUCUCUCUCUCUCUCUCUCUCUCUCUCUCUCUCUCUCU